AUGCUCCCCAAAGUGAGAACCCUUUUGUUGGGUGACAUCCCCCCCAUGCGCCAAGAGGCCAAGCUUCUCUGGAAGAUCGACUGGUUCAUCCUCAGUUAUUGUUGCCUCCAGGUAAAUCUAGAUCGAAGUAACAUAUCUAACGCCUAUGUGAGCGGAAUGAAGGAGGAGCUUCACAUGUACGGGAAUGAGUACAAUAAAAUCAAUACCGUCUUCACCUGCGGCUAUAUCGUAGGAAUGAUUCCCAACAACCUGAUGCUCCAGAUCGUUCCUCCACAUAUUUGGCUCCCAUGCAUGCAGAUAUUGUGGGGUGUGCUGACUUUCUGCACCAGCGCUGUGCAUAAUGUUCAAUCCAUAUACGCAAUCCGAUUUUUCCAAGCUAUGGCCGAGUCAUCAACUUUCGUAGGCACCCACUACAUCCUAGGUUCAUGGUUUUCCGGUGUUCUCCAGGCUGCGAUAUACAAACAUCUAAAUGGGUAUGCCGGCCGAAGCGGAUGGCGCUGGUUAUUCAUCAUUGAUGGGGUUAUUACCUUGCCCAUUGCAAUCUACGGUUUCGUUAUUUUUCCAGACAUGCCCUUGACAACCAAGGCUUUUUAUCUGACUGAACAAGAAAGAAAAUUAGCCUCAGACCGGCUCCAAGACGAGAUUCAAGUCGUACGGAAGCCUGUGUCACGGGCUACCGUCAAACGAAUCCUUGGAAAAUGGCGAUGGUAUGGAUGCAGCCUCCUGUUCGCAAUCUCCGGAGAAACCGAGAGCUUCGGAUCGAACAACAUAAUGGGACAAUGGAUGAAAGCUAUUGGAGGAUACAGUGUGGAACAGAUCGAUUAUUAUCCGUCCGGCGCCACCGCUUUUGCCAUUGCAUCAACUCUAAUUUGCGCCUCCUGGACAGACUAUACUCGCAUCCGAUGGCCAGUGCUAGUGUACAUGUCGGUCGCGUGUUCUAUAUCUGCAACCUGCCUUCUUAUUUGGAACAGUCCCACUGGCUUGAAGUUUUUCGCUUUCUAUAUAGCUGGGGCCUCUUAUGCUGGUCAAGCGACCACAUUCGCGUGGGCGAACCAGAUAUGUGCAGACGACGAUCAAGAGCGGGGCAUUGUGCUCGCCUCUAUGAACAUGUGGAAUAAUGUGAUCAACGCAUGGUGGCCUCUUGUUUUCUAUCUGGCGACAGAUGCGCCUAGGUUCCACAGAGGCAUGAUCGCAAUGAUAUGCGUUAGUGGCGCGACGCUAGGUGUCACAGGACUAGUAUGGUACUUGGAAAGAAGAGAAAAGAUAGCGCAAAAGAAGGUAUCAGAUGAUUAUGACGAAGGGCUGCAGGGAGAUAGAAAUUCUUUGAAUCAUCAGGUGACGAGUUGA